GACAUUUCGCUUCUCGCCUGAAGCGGCUAGGCGAAGGCUAAGCUAGGCUAGCUCAAAACUCCUCCAAGGUUCGGUCAUCUGCUCCCUGUUUUUUCUCCUUUAGGGUUCAUGUUGUUCUUCGUAUCAGUAAGGCAUUUGACUUACAAACACGCACAUAUUCUCUGCGCGCGUCGAUUGAUUUAGUCGUGUAGCGUUACGAUCGCAUUUACUUUAAGGCGCAAACUGGGUUCCUGUUAGCGGUUUAGCUAGCAGCAGCCGUGCAGCCAAAAUGGCGGACAACGAGGAUGAGAGCGGGUCCGGGAGAACAAUAACAGCCGCCGAACCUCCUCGCUCCCCAGCUCAGACCCACGCCGCGGACUCCACACAGCCCGAGGAUGCCACCCUGCCGGAAACCGUCGCCCCGAGCACCGAUCCGACCGAGAGUACCCCCGCGGCGACGGUCGAAGAGCGCGAGGAAAGAUCGCCCGCGGUCUCCGGCGAGCAGAGCGACCAUCCCGUGGACCUGCCCGAGGGAGUCUCUGCUGCUGCCCCCGCGGUCGGGGAGUCUCAGCUGGUGGACUUUUUACAGGGAGAACAAAGCAUCCUGGUGGGCGCAGACUUGUCCAGCUUGGCCGCAGACAUGAGCAACACCACAAUCAUCUACGUGCAGCCGGACGGCAGCCUGAUGGAGGGCUCCGGGCUGACCGUUGAGGAGCAACAGGCUCUGCUGGAGCAGCUCAGCAAGCAGCAGGUGGUUCAAGUGUCCGACAGCGAGGCCGUCCAGCUGCUCCAGCAGAGCCAGGUUGUAAAGAGCAGCCCCGUCCACAGCGUGGCUCUCAAUCCCAGCCAGCUGCAGCAGGUCAUUAGCCAGGUGAGCGGCAAGACCCAGCAGCAGGUCCAGACCCCACAGCAGCCUGUCCAGAAAAUAGUCCAGGUCCAGACCCCACAGCAGGCGGUCAAACAAGUAGUCCAGGUCCACACACCACAGCAAGUAGUGCAGCAGGCGGUGAAGCAGCUAGUCCAGGUCCAGCCUCUGCAGCAGGCGGUAAAACAAGUAGUCCAGGUGCAGAGCCCGCAGCAAGUGGUAAAACAAGUAGUCCAGGUCCAGAAUGCCUCCCAGCAUCUUAAGACCGUUGCCCAGCAGGCUGCGUUGCAGGGUGGCGGAAGCAGCGCAAGCACUGUCCACUUGACUCAAUCCAAGCCGGAACCAGUCAGGAUCCAGAUUCAGGCUCCUCCCAAACAGGAAGUGAAGCCACGGCCCGCAUCCCAGCAGCACAACAGUCAGUCUGUCAAUCAACCGCAGGUGACCCUGUCGACCAAUGGCACCACUCAGAUCAUCCACAUCCAGCCGAUGGUGGCUCAGCAGGGCCAGCAGUUGUUCUUGCAGCAGAACUUGGGCGACGCCCCCAUCCAGUUGCUUCUCCAGAGUUCCACCCCCGUGGUGGGAUCUUUGCUCCCAGUGGUCCAUAAGCUGCAAGCCCCUGCGUCCGCCGCCAAGACGCCGCCCGCCGCCACCCCCAUUGUUAAACUGGCCAACGUGUCUCUGCUGAAAGCCCCCGCCAACGGCACCGCAUCAUCCCCCAGUAAGUCUCCGGUCAAACAGACUGCUGCCCUGCCAGUGCAGGCCAGCCCCCCUGGAGCAGGCCCACCAGCCCCGGUCGCCUCCUCUACAGUCAAGGAUCGAGACAAAGAAAAGGUGAGGAAGCAGAAGAAGAAAGAUAAGAAGGCAGUCAAGGUGCAGACCAGGUCGGGCCGGGUCUCAAGACCGCCUAAGUAUAAAGCCAAAGACUAUAAGUUCAUAAAGACAGAGGACCUGGCCGAGAGCCACCAGUCCGACUCGGACGACUACUCGGACAUGAGCACGGAGGAUGAGGAACGAAAGGACGGCACCCGAGACGCAGACACCUCGCUGACCUACAGCCACAAGUCCAGGGCCCACCCUUGCCAGACCUGUGACAAGGCCUACAUCGGACUGGGAGGACUCAACCGCCACUACAAGCUCAACCCCAGCCACGGAGAACCCGAGCUGGCCGGCGACGUACCGCCGCAAACCGACCCUGAUGAUGGGCAAGUGCGGAUGGUCGCCACGGAAAUGACAGCUGCGACAGUGCCGGAUGCCACCACGGAAGAGGAGACUGAGGAGAAAUCCGCGGUCACGGCAACCGACAAAGAGCCGGGCCCGGCGUCCUCUGCCGGAGGAUUUAGGGGCGUCCACCACCGUGGUCCGGGCAGGCCCCGCGGUCGCGGACGAGGGAGGGGGCGUGGGCGGGGCCGUUCCCUGGGGGUGCCACCCAAGAAAUUUGUUCAGGUGUCGAGCGGGCUCAGUCUCAUGGGCCGGCGAGGACGCCCCGGACGGCCCCCCAAGCAGGUCGGCGGCACGGUGAGCGCUGAGCUGCAGGCUGAGAGGAGACGGGAGCGACUGCAGCAGCUGGUGGAUCAGUGCGAGGACGAGGAGCUGAUGGACAUUGUUCUUCCCCGUCUCACCAAAGUCUUGAGCGUGUGGGAGAUGCUGCUGGCCAAGGUGGAGCGGACGGGUCCGCCUCGUACUCACUUUCCAGAUGUGUACCGCGAGUUUGAGUCACUGCAGGCGCAAGUGAGGCAGGCCGCACAGGAUUACAUCGCCGCACCGCAAGGAGGCGCCGCGCCGCUGGAGGUCAGGAACAUCGAGGUGGCACGCUCUCUGGGCAUCCUUGACGAGGUCAAUCGGAUGAAAGUUCUCCCCGGCACAGCUUCAACGUCUGGGGUGAGCAACAAAAGUAGCCGCUACAUGGAGAACUCCAAGAUGCUGCCACCGUCCAAGCGCUUCAAGAUGGAGAACAGCGUUCCUCUGCAGCACAACGGCAUCGAGAGAGCAGCUGCGAGCUCCGCCGCCCCCGUGGCCACCUCGCUGGCCCCCAUGACACCAACGUCGGCAACGCCACUGCUUCCCACCGAAGCCAAACCCUCCGCCGGUCCCGACCAGGCUCCUGCGGCUGCCACACCCAUGGAGGUGACUACCGCUGAGCGGCAGGCAACAGAGGCUCCAGCGCCCCCGCCAGCGACAGAAAGCCCAGCUCCGGUAGUACCGGCCCAGGAACCCGAGAAGCUUCCAGAGACAUGUCUGGUGCAGGAGGGCCAGGAGAUCUACAUCGAGACGGAUGGCCUGAGCGAUGCGGACGGUAUCGUCAUUGUCAACGGGCCGGACGGAACCACCAUGCACAUCCAGACUCCUGAGGGGGUCCCCCUGGAGGCGGUGCAGGCCCUGCUGGGUAUCGAAUCGGGCGACCCCAGCAAAGCAAGCUGAACGGCCAAAGGUGGCCUUUGUUUUGGAACCUCCUGGAACACAAAGUGGCUCGGUGCCCAACUUCAGACUUUGCUAUGAAUUCUGUCAUCGGCCAUCUGGCGUGCUUUAUUCCGGAAGGCUCCGGUAACAAGUCGGACGGACAAUUACGAACUAUCUCGGAAGAAAGCAAGCAGCUGAUUUGCAAAUCGUGGACUUUGUCUUGGAACCUUCCUGAACAAAGUCUGCAGUUGACAGUCCAGCUUGCUUUUGAUCCAGAAGGUUCUCUCCAGGUGUGGAAGGAAGCAAGGUAGAUUGGCCAAAGGCAGAUUUUGUUUCAAAUGUUCCUGGAACAAAGCUUGUGAUUGGCCGUCUCGCCGGCUUUGUCUCACUCUUGGAUUUUGUUCGUGAAACCUCUGGAACAAAACAAGCCGAAUGGCCAACUGUGGACUUUAUCGCAGAAUCUUCAGAAAGGGAGCAGCUGAGUGGCCAAUCGUGAACUUUUUUUUGUGGAGCUUUCUGGAGCGAGGCAGCAAAACGGCAAAUCACAGACUUGGUUCCGGAAGGUUCUGUGGCCAAGUCUAUGAUUGGCCGUUCAGUUUGUUUUGUUCUAGAAGAGUCUGAAACAAAGCCGGCGAAACAGCCGAACGCCGACUUUGUAACUCAACCUUGUGGAACUCUCCCGUUAGUUCCUAUUUAUUUCUCAUGUUCUCCUUUGCGUCGUAGCCCUCCGAGCACGACCACAAAGCAAUCAAUUGAGAAGAAUUGAUUUUUAUGAGCUUGUUGUAAAAAAUCUUUUUCAUAUUUGCCUUGUCAAUAUGUAGAUAAAUGUGAGAAACAAAAGCUG